ACAGCAAAAAUCCUUAAAUAUGAAUCAGCUGCUUUAAAUUAUUAAAAUAAACUUAAUAUAUAUUGUUAGUUCAUAAAUCUUUUCUGAAAGAAAUUCUUUUAUAUUUUAUUAAUGUGUGAUGUCUUUAAAUGGCUUUUUGGAUUUUUUUCAAAAGGGUAAAACAUUCAGGCCAAAAAAAAGAUUUACUGCAGGUACAAUUCGAUAUUCCCUACAUAAACAAGCACAAGCUAGUCUUCAAUCUGGAAUUAAUCUUCGACAUGUUGUUCGUCUUCCAGAAGGGGAAAACUUAAACGAUUGGAUAGCAGUACAUGUUGUUGAUUUUUUUAAUCGCAUAAACCUAAUAUAUGGGACAGUUUCAGAAUACUGUAAUGAAAAUACGUGCCCAACUAUGAGUGGAGGUUCGCGGUAUGAAUAUUUAUGGGCGGAUGGCGAAAGUUAUAAAAAGCCUACCGCACUACCAGCACCAAAAUAUAUUGAGCUUUUAAUGGACUGGAUAGAAUCUCAAAUUAAUAAUGAAUCUAUUUUUCCCGUAUCAACAGAUGUACCUUUUCCUAAAACAUUUCCGAGUCUCUGUAGAAAAAUAUUGACUCGAUUAUUUAGAGUGUUUGUGCAUGUUUAUAUUCAUCACUUUGAUCGCAUUGUCAGCAUUGGCGCAGAAGCUCAUGUGAACGCGUGUUACAAACAUUUUUAUUAUUUCGUUCAAGAAUUCGAUCUAAUAACAAGUAAAGAAUUGGAACCACUAAAUGAAAUGACAUCCCGAAUAUGUAAAGAUUGAGUAAUACUAUAGUAAAUGAAAUAAAGUCAAGUUAUAACGUGUA